AUGCAAAGGUCGUGUUGUGUUUUUAGCGAGCUAUGGCUGCCUUGAGUUGGUUUACGUGCAGACAGCUGCCGCGGAUUGCAAAUCAGUUCGCCUGGGCUGUGAAGCACGUCAGGCCUCAAUACCUCGGGGGACUACCGGUGAGGAGAGUCCACGGGUCGUCGCGGAAAUGGGUGGCUGAGAAGGGGCCAUGGGGCAAGGCUCGGAUGCCAGAGUAUCAUCUUAUGACAGAACUCGAUAAGGCGGAUGCUUUGAUGCUGAAAAAGUCCCACGAAACUGGGUUCCUGUCUUGGUUCCGGAACGGACUCCUGGCCACGGGGAUCGGGGUCAUCGCUUUCGUCCAGAGUGAUGUGGGACGAGAGGCAGGAUAUGCCUUCUUCAUCCUGGGUGGUGUGUGUGUAUCGUUCGGCGGGGCGUCCUACGUGGGCAGCCUGUUUUCGCUGAGGAGGAUGAUGCUUCUCUCCCUGCCAGCCGUGCUGCUGAAUGUUGCUGUGGUGAGCAGCGUCGCCCUCUUCUGGCUGUGUGCGGUAUCUCUCUACAUCGGACGCCUGGAGGUGGAGAUUAUACAUGAGGAUGACGAGGACGAUGACGGAGGGGAGUGUCCAGACUGUCGGGACCGCGGCAACCACUCGCAUGGCAACCGGCACCACGGCAGCAACAAAGGCCAAGACAAGUAGCGAUUGUGCGUGGCAAAGGUGACGAGGUGUGUGUUUGCGUGUGAGUGAGACAGAGAGAGGACUGAGAGGAAGUGUGUAUGACAUUCAAGUUCAUAAUAUCAAUGUUAGAUUAUUUUAAUUUCGUUUUAUUUUGCACACACACUCUGUGAGAGUGCCUCGUUUGAGUAUAUUUACUCCUGGUCAAGUUUACUUUAUGAAUCAAAGUGCCCUGUAGACUAAGCCAUACUCUGAGCCAACUCAUGCUGCGUUCACCUAAAUAUGGUUUUGAUUGAUGUAAUUUUUUUUAUAGCAGUUUAUUCUAUAUACAAAGGAGUACUUGGAUUCUCUGUAGUAGUCCAUGCUGUUGAUGUAGAAUGAGGAGAUGUAGCCCAUGUGCGGUGUUGAAUGGAUGAACUAGCCCUAUGUGAAUUUGCGAUAUAGGGGUAUAAAUACUGUAGGUAAGUAAUCAGCAAUGGUCUAUCUGUGUGUAAUUGAUUUUCUCUGUGUGUAAAAGUCUGUGGGUUUUUCUUCUGUAUUCUGUUAUUUUAGAUUGAAAAGUUUAUUUUAAACGAUGAAGGCUUUGGCUUAUAGUUUUUUUUCUCCAAAGGGUUUUGUGAUUCAUAUAGUUUUGUCACAAAGCAAAUGACAGCAACAAAAAAAACAUGGCAAAGCGCUGUAAGUUAUAAUUAUUUUAUUUAAACAUGUUCAAUGCAAUCUUGAUAGUCGAUUUCUAUAGAGUAGUUUAACUGUAAAGUAAUGUUAUUUCAUACCUUUACUCAAUCGAGGAUUGAAAGCUGGAGCCACAACUUAAUCAAAAUACCACCCUGAACCUCUGUCUUUUGGAGAGAUUUUAGUGAGAAACUAUAACAUUUCUAUAACCCGUGUGUUUGUGUGAGAUGGAGUACAUUUACAGUGUGUUCGGAAAGUAUUCAGACCCCUUUUUUUCUCCACAUUUUGUUACGUUAUAGCCUUAUUCUAA